AAGUUCUUUGCUUUGGCUGGAGUGAAGUUCGCAAGAAGUCUUCUUCACCUGACACCUCUGCAGCUGUUCCAUGCGGGCCGUCCACUGUGCAUCCAGAGUGGUCUCGCGCACCCCGCUCGCGAUUGCGGAAUCGGCGCCAUCAGCAGCGAACAUGGCUGCGAUGCGUCCCAUGUUGAGCACACGCACUGGCGCAAACGCUGCCGGAGAGUCACACGAGGUCGUCGUCGAGCGACGGCGGUUUGUGUCUUCGCGGCAGUACUCGACCUCAAUGUCGUCGCUGCGGGCCACUGCCACUGCCACUGCCACUGCCACUGCUUCAAAGCAUGCACCCAAGAUGCAAGUCCGCACACCUACAGACGCGCCAAGGAGAGCCAGCGCUGGCCCGAGUGGUGGCGAAACCCACCAUCGCAGGUUGGUAGCGCCAAGCAACGCGCCAUCACCGGCAAGGCAUGAUGGCAAGAAGACCCACUCGGAACUCGCACAAGGUCGCCAGACUACCACUGGAGCACCUGCCGCCAAGCAUCAGGAAGCACCUUCGACUGUAGUGCCACGGUGGUCGACCAUCUUUGAGCGAAUCGCCCUCGCAGAACAUCUGCCACCUGCCAGUCCCGCGCAAACGACCGGUACGCCGAUGCCGAUACCUGCGUUGCAUAGCCGUUCAAUGCAGCAAGUUUCGCGUGACUCUCGAGGCGCGGUAACAAGCAACCAGAAAGAGAUUGCUCGACUCGUGGUAGCUCUCGAUGAUGGGCUUGCAGCCGUCGGUGCUGUCUUGGCUGAUUGCCCAAAGCUGUCCAUCCAUCAUGUGCGCCUGGCCUUCAAAGCAUGCAGUGUGUAUGAUGGGGUGUGGGAAGCAGUGGCUAUGCUGGAGCGGUUUUGCCUUGGUUCUCCGCUGCCGAGCAGGGCGGCCACUCUCAGUCCCCCUGCAUCGCUGACGCCAGGAUUUCCGGGAUGGCUUUCCAGGCAGCUCGCCGAGGAUGAGAUCCAAGCGGCUGGCGGGCUGUUGCGCUUGACCUCGGACAUCACGUCGCCUCUCAUCCCGAUGCUGCUGAACCAGCGUUCAAACCCGAUCUUCUUGGACAUUUUGCGAGUCGUCGAGCAGCAACAGACUGAGAUUCGACCCGUUACCGAGCUUCGGCUUUGCGCCGCGGCACUGCAAGGUGGCCAGAUUGAGCCAGUGUUGCAACGACUGUCGCACAGCAACUCGACGUCCGCCAUUACCAGCAACCCCAGCUUCCUCCCGCUCCUGUUCGAAGGCUUACCUCGCUCGAAGGCACUUGCUGCUCGACAGUCCACCACUAUCGGACUGUGGACAUGGGCAGUUGCUUCCUUGGCCCGAAGCUCUAUCGCUCUCACCGCCGAAGGAGCGCAGGCGAUUUUGAACUAUGUGCGGUGGAUGAGUGAGUCACCUGAGAUUGGACAAGAUUGGAGCGCCUCCACCGCUCACAGCGACGCGACCAGUUUCUCCUGCAGUAGCUGUGGCCAUUCGCUGGUCAACCAACCACCUUCGAGCGCCGUCUUACACAAGCUGGUCGAGGCGUUUACUGCAGUGUACCAAACGCGCUCCAAUUUGACCCAAACCUUGCUUCGCCUCGAACGAUUUGUCCGCCAGAACGGCCCGUUCGACAUGGUUGUCGAUUCGUCCAACGUGUGUCACUAUUACCAAUCUCUGCGCUUCUGUCCUUCCGUGCUGACUCGCGUGUUGGCGGAAGUCCCGGCGUCCACUCGGGUGCUCAUCAUCUCCGCAAGACCAACGCGGUUUGAAAACCUCUCCUCGAACAUGCAUACAUUCGUCUCGGAGGCCUACGACGAUGCGAGCAUCAUUUUGGGGACGCUGCAUUGCCAACUCGCGUUUCCAGAUCACCCCGUAACCAUCCUCUCGAAUGACUUGCUGCGCGACCACUAUGCCCGGCUCAACGGCGACCUUGCCAUUGCUUUUGCCAAGUGGUGCGACCUUGUUCGCGUGGGCUUCUCCAUCCGGCACCCGAACGCUGCGCAACCCACGCAGGCGAAAAUGGCGUCGGCAGCGUUCCUCAGCCAGCUCUCCAACGCCUCGGUCUCGCUUCUCCACCCGCCCUCCAUUCGACCCUUCCCUCAGCACUCCAAGCAUCCAGACGGAAGUUCAAGCUGGCAUUUGCCUUUCCAAGACGAAGCAGCCGAAGAUGCUCCCAGUCCCCUGAAAUGGCUCUGUGUUCGCUCGCGAGAAGGCCAAAGCUCAUCUGCGUGAUGCGUGGUGCUGUCAUUCAUUUAUUUAUUUUGCAAACAAAGUCAUUCGCAAAGCA